ACACACCCUCCUCCGCUCUGUUUUCCCAAGUGCACCAUCUCCCUGCCUCAACUGCCUUGCCUCACAGUGCCCAUGUCUAGGCUGUCUCCCUAAUGCAAACGUGAAUUAACUUCUCAGUAAUGGGGAUCGCUGUGAACCGGGGCGCUCGCGUUUCCACCUAAGCGGAGAGACAGACAGCACGGACGAAUAACAGACUCGACGUCGAUGAAGUGUGCGAUUUAAUAACUGGAGCACCGCGUCCGUUUAUCAUACUCGUGCUUAUAAGCGUUUUUUUUACUGUCAAAAAAGAGCCCCACUCGGCAAGUUAUCGCCAAUAAGACCAGGAUAACAAGUCUGUUAAACCUCUCUACAGACCGACAAAUAGCAAAGUUGAUGACCCAGAAGGAUCUCUUUCUCUUGGCCACUUCGUCACUGUCUUUAAAGACGGAUUAUCCAAACCAUUCAACAAGGAAACUCCUUUCUAUCGAGACCUUGGCUCCUGAAGAAUGAGCAACCAAUGAGUCAUCCUCCAGGCCCCUCGUCUCUCCCUGGCUGGGGAGUCUUCUAGAAGGGGGCCCCUCCUGAUCACCAUGAAAGGGUUAGGAGCCAACCGCAAUCGCUCCGACUCCUGCGACCCCACCCAGGGCCCCCCAGAGCCCCUGUACCCCCACCAGGCCUCCACACUGCCUCGGAGCCCCUACCUUCUCAGCCCCACCAGCAUGGACCACUACGGCACCAUGGACCCGCACCACUACAACCGCUCUGUGGACCACCACUACAAUCAGGGCUCCCUGCCCCCGGACUACUCUCUCCCCCUCAACAACCAGCUGUCCAACAGCAGCACCUUCCCCCGCAUCCAUUACAACGCCAACUACGACCCGUCCGACUUCUCCCCGCCGCAGGGGGACAGCAUCGGGGGCAUUAGCACGGGAACCCUGGGCACCUCCAUGUCCAUGGGCAUGGGGAUGGGCAUAGGGAUGCAUGGCUCGAGUGGCAUGGGGGGCCUGCAGAGCAGCCGGGGGUCCAUGAUCACCAGCGGUUCUGCCACCAUCUCCGGCGGGGCCAAGAUGAACCGGCAGCUGGCGCCUAACUUGCUGGACCAGUUGGACAAGCAGCUGCCUGGGGGGCCCAGAGAUGGCUUCAGCACACUGCAGUUCCACCGAAGCACAUCGGCCGCCCUCUCCGCCGCCUCCAAGCAGCGCACCGACAGCCCUGGGCGCAUCCGUAACCUGGUGUGCUCCGUCCAGAAGCUCUUCGCCAAGUCACAGUCCAUGGAUGGCCACAACCUCAAGGGUGUCAACGGGCGUUCGGGGGCAGGAAGUGGCAGCGGCGGGACCUCAUCCGGGACCGAGGACGGUGGGAAGCGGGACCAGCGAGCAAAGAGCAAAGACCGGGGCGGGUCCAAGUCAGACGGGGGCGGGACGGGCAAGCGGCGGCCACGCUCCAACAUGUCGGGCUACUGGAGCUCGGACGACCUGGACAGUGCGGACCUCAGCAACUACCGCAACCCCAUAGCCAUGACACUGGGACGACCCACACCGCAUGCCACCCAGCACGCCACCCACGGUACUGCCUACGAUUCCCAGCAGGGGGCACUACAGCAGCAGCAGGGGCAGCAGAGCCGCUACGUGGUCCACAGCGGAUACAACACCAUCAGCUCAUCCAAGAGCAACAACGAGGUCAUAAAGUACCAACAGGCACUGCCAGGACCCGGGGGCGGAGGUGGGGGCGGAGGAGGAGGUGGAGGUGGGAUCAGCAUGGGGGUGAACAGUAAUGACUUUAUGAAGGGGGGUUCGUGGUCGACGCUGACCCUGGGUCAGCCCAGACAGGUGCUGCAGAAGGGCCACUCGGCCACCCUGGACCGGUCCAUGCUCAAGUCCAAGUCAUGCCAGCAGGAGCUGGCCUGCCACUACCUGCAAGUGGGCCGACAGGGGGACUGGAGUAACACGCUGGGUCGGAGCGGUGGAGGAGCCGGAGCCAACGAGAUCCCAUGCAGGCGCAUGCGGAGUGGCAGCUACGUGAAGGCCAUGGGUGACCUGGAGGACAGCGACGACUCAGACGGCAGCAUCAAGCCCUCGCCCAAAAUGGCCGCCCGCCGCCAGAGCUACCUCAGGGCCACCCAGCAGUCUCUGAGCGACCAGCUACCGUCACGCAAGAGCAGCAGAGCCCUGGAUUACGCCAUGCUGCAGGGGGAGCUGGAGGCACUGUGGUCUCCUCUGCACAGUGUGUCCUCUCUGCACCAACUGGGCAGCUGUCUUCCCUCUCUGAGAGAGCUGUCCACCAACCGUAGCCUGGACAACCUGGACUGUCUGGGGGGUCCGGUGGGGGGCUCCCUGUUCCCCCGCUGGGAUGAUGAGGACUUCAGCCAGGGUGGCGGCUGCAGCACCCUGGGCAGGAGCAGCUGCAUUGGCCAGCUACGAGACCUGGAGAUGUUGAGCCAACGCUACGAGGAUAGCUGCCCCGAGUCGUCGUUCCGAGAUUCCCACACACUCUCACGCUCCCAUUCCCAGGCAGUGGAGCCUCAAGAUCUACCCAUGCCCACGUGCUUCCGAUCUCGUAGCCAUAGCUACCUGCGGGCCAUCCAGGCCGGAUGCUCGCAGGAUGACGACACUGCUUCUGUGGACUCGGAUUCGCCGCCGCCAACCGCCACUACUGUUCGUACCUACAGCACCAGCACUGUCUCCACAUGCAUCACCACCUGUAAGAAGCCGGCGCCCCCGCCCGUGCCGCCCCGCACCACCUCCAAGCCCUACAUCUCUGUGACGGUGCAGAGCAGCACUGAGUCGGCCCAGGACACCUACCUGGAUCACCAGUCUGAGCGUGACCGCCGCAGCGAGACCAUCACCAGCCAGUCUAGCCAGGCACACAGCAAUUCCUCCGACAGCCUCGACAGCAUGCGCGCCAACAGCCUGGCUCGGGGUGUCCCUCGGCCUAUCCCCAUGCCCGUCGCCACCCACCGGGAACCCCUCGCCACCACUGUCCACCACGCCACCACCGGGACUGACACCAAUGACUCCCAGCAUGAACCCCUGAGGUCAGGCACCAACAGAGGGAGCCUGACAACAGAGGAGCCACGAGUGGACAUCGUGCCCCGGAGAAAGCUCUCCUCCAUAGGGAUACAGGUUGACUGCAUUCAGGAGGAAGUCCAGCGAGAGGAGACACCGCCACCGCCAUUGGCCAGAUUCCAGUCAAUCGGAAUCCAGGCGGACGACGGCUGGCACAGUCGCUCCAGUAGCAUGGCCUCCAAGCAGGAGACAGACUCUGACACACAGGACCUUCCCAUCAACUCGCACGCCAACUCCCACGCCAAGCCCGCCGCCGAGAAGAAGAGCAUGGUCAACAGCGCCUGCCAAUCCAUGGCCUCGCCCCCGUGCAGCGGCCAGGUCAGCAAGGGCAACGGAUCAAAUCCCACCGUUGACACCAGUACGUCGCCACCUCCGCUUCGACAGAUCCUCAACCGCUCCACCACACGGUCCGACUCCUCCGACUCCUUCUCCGAGAGCAUGGACCCGGCCCUGGACCCCUCAUCCCUGCCCCCUCCGGACCCCUGGCUGGAGAGCGGGAACGGAAAUAGCGGCAGCGGGAACCCUAACGCGGUGCCCCCUCCAGGCCCUGCCUGCCGGCGGGAUGGCCACUGGUUCCUCAAGCUGCUGCAGGCGGAGACGGGCCGCAUGGAAGGCUGGUGCCAGCAGAUGGAGCAAGAGACCAAAGACAACCAGCUCUCAGAGGAGGUGUUGGGGAAGGUCCGCAGUGCCGUGGGCAGUGCUCAGCUCCUCAUGACCAAGAAAUUUGAGCAGUUCAGAGGGCUGUGUGAACAAAACUUGAAUGUGAACGCCAACCCGCGGCCCACAGCCCAGGACCUGGCGGGCUUCUGGGACCUGCUGCAGCUCUCCAUCGAGGACAUCAGCCUCAAAUUCGACGAGCUCUACCAACUCAAGUCCAGCGACUGGCAGUCCCCUGCCGUGGCCCACUCGCCCCCCGAGCGGAAGGAGGACAAGAAAGAGCCUCCUCCUCCAGUGCCAAAGAAGCCCGGUAAGGCGAGGCCGGUGCUGGGCCGCGAGAAGAGCGCCGACUCAGCCUCGUCCACCUCUUCGGCGGAGAAGCAACGGACGGAGGCCCGCAAGCGCCUACUGGCUGCCAAGAGGGCCGCCUCGGUCCGACAGAACUCGGCCACGGAGAGCGCCGACAGCAUCGAGAUCUAUGUCCCUGAGGCCCAGACUCGCCUCUGAGAGAGAGAGAGAGAAACUGGGAUGGAGGAAGGGAUGAUGGCGGAGGGAGAGAGGGAUGGUUGGGGUCUUCUCACCACACACAGGGUAGGCUGGUCUUAGUGGCCGCCAGUCUACAGUAGAUGGAGUGAGAAACAAAGAGAGAGAGAGAACUUUUGGGCUGUAGACUAUAUGGGGAAGGCUUGUCUCCUCUCACGAGGCUGCAAUGGAAAAACCUAAACCACAGCCUUUCUUACUAUUUUUAUAACUUUUUGGGGGUUAUUUUUAUUAGGAUCUCCAUUAGCUCUUGCGAAAGCAGCAGCUACUCUUCCUGGGGUCCACACAAAACAUGAAACACGACAUAAUACAGAACAUUAAUAGACAAGAACAGCAUACAUUUAAAACGUCGCACACAGCCUACAUACCAGUACAUACACACAAAACUCUUGAGUAUUACGCAAAUUAUGAAAAAAUUGUUAUCGAUGAUGGUAUUAUUAUUAUCUCCUAAAGAAACUAUAUCAAGACUAUUUUAGAUGUACCUGUAACUUGGCUAUAAGAGAUCUAAUAUGCGGACAGAGUAAGCGUUUGUGCUUUCCAAUGCCCCUCCCUCUCCCUUGCCUUGGCCAACCUAUAGUUUGCACAACACCACCAUGUGGUCAAACGUACACACACUUAUUCAGAGGAGUGCACACACACACACACACACACACACACACACACACACACACACACACACGCGCGCAUUAGACCCACAGCUAUCUAUGUCUUCCUGGUGCUUUUUGUUUUCAUUGUUUUUAUCUGUUUUGUAUGAGCCCUUGCCUGCAGUUCUAGAUACGUGAGCAGUUUCAGAGAGCAGGGCACUGAAAACUGAAUUAGGAAAUAGAGGAUUGGGGUAUUUAAUGUCAAAUAUCACAACUUUAUAUAAGUGAGAUCUAUUGAAAACAUAAUGUAUGUUUUUGUCCAACCUUUUUAAAGAUAUAUAUGAAAAAACAAUCGGUACUUUAUAACUGACUCAAACUACACUCACACAUCAGUAUUUACUGGAAUAACGUUUGAAGAUCCUACUUUUCCAUUGAGAUGAUAUUGUUUUCUGCCAUUUUUGGUCUGAGGAUGUAUUCAUCAGCCAAUGUCCACAGUCCUAUGACAAUGGCCGCACUUUGCACUCGCAUGUGUCUCCAUUGGUCUGUGAACAGGGGAAAAAACAGACUGAAACCUGGUGGAAACACUCAUUUAAUUUUCCAUUGCAAAAUGUUUCGCUACGUUGUUCCCUAAUGAAUACAACCAUGGUGUAGGUAUAUCAGAUCAAUUGAAUAUAAUUCAGGUUUUGUGGAAAACUUGCACAUAGAGGGGUUAGACAGGACCACCAUUGAGAACUGUCCCACUGGGCAAAAUGUGCUUGAGUUUGUAUUGUUUCCUUGUUAUUUCAGGAUGCUUUUAACAACGUUAUCAUGUUGCAUCA